AAUCGCAUUGAAGAAUUAACCUCUAGGGAUUCGACGACUUGGUAGAGAGAAAUGUCGUACCUGCUUCCACAUUUGCACUCAGGAUGGGCAGUAGAUCAGGCAAUCUUGGCGGAGGAAGAGCGCCUCGUCGUCAUCCGAUUCGGCCACGACUGGGACGAGACUUGCAUGCAGAUGGAUGAAGUGCUCGCAUCAGUUGCUGAGACAAUAAAGAACUUUGCUGUCAUAUACCUUGUGGACAUCACAGAGGUUCCUGAUUUCAACACAAUGUAUGAGUUGUACGAUCCAUCCACUGUCAUGUUUUUCUUCAGAAACAAGCAUAUUAUGAUCGAUCUUGGAACUGGAAAUAACAACAAAAUCAAUUGGGCCCUCAAGGACAAGCAGGAGUUCAUAGACAUUAUUGAGACAGUCUACCGUGGGGCAAGGAAGGGUCGUGGUUUGGUUAUUGCUCCAAAAGAUUACUCCACUAAGUACCGCUACUAAAUCCCUAAGGAAAUUAUUCCUUGUACUAUCCAACUAUUAAGAACUUGUUAUGAAAAAAGAAAAAAAGGAUGCACGCAUAAAACUUGGCUUCAGAUGUUUCUAGAUUGGAAUAUCCUGUUAACUAACUAGGAGUUCCUUGUGAUUGUAUGGUUUUCAUCUUUUGCCUUGUGCAUAGACAAUGUCUGACGUUUAUUUUGAGCUAAAAUCGUUGAAGUUUCUC